AUACGCUUUCGCCUGGAGAUUAUGGAGAUUAUGAAGAAUUCGAUGGAAGGCAGUCAUUAAUGGCGUCUGUUGCGAGGGUAGUAACGCACCAAGUUCGCCGUACCGGAUACAAACCGAUUCAACAGCAGUCAUCGCGCAUCGUUUCUACUUCUCCAACAUUAUCAGCCAUCUCUAGCGAAGAGCCAGUGAAUAGUUCAUCGAGUAACGUUCAUCCGUUUUUGAGAACAUCAGUCAAGAAUGUUGUCACACAUGAAAAGGAUAGAUUAGCUUCGGCUUUAUUUAGUGGAGUUGGAACAAACGAGGGAAUGAAUUCUUCAAUUGGACAUUCCGUGGAUGUUAGUAGAAUCGGUAAUCUCCCCAAGCAUCAUCCCCGAAAAAGCAUGGGAGCUUCACAACAUCAUGCAAAGACUGAAUCUACGUUCUUAGAAACAUAUAGUAAUAAUAGGGGAUCUCUGCUGAUGAAUUAUUUCUUAGCAGUAUUGGAGGAUGGGAUAAAUGAAAAGAUUAAUGUUAAUACAAGUGGAAUUGGAAGCAUAGGGGGAAGUUGGAAAGUUAUUGAAGUUAUUGACAGAGAAGCUAUUGCGGCAUCUCAGUAUAAUCAUCCUAGUCAGAUCAGUAGUUCCACAUUAUCUCUGAGCGGAAAUAUAGUGUUAUUGCAUUUUAAAAUCCAACCUUUGCAUUGUGUAUUUACCAUUAGAAGUAACAUUGGAGGAAUUAUAGAUGAUGUUACGGAGGAGAUGAAAUCAUAUUUUAUGUGGCAAGAAUAA